GGAUGCAGUGACGUGAGGUUAGCCACACUCAAUAUGGCGGACACGAGGCUCCACGCGCGAGCGCACUGACGUCACUUUGGUCAAAGUUCACGGUGCGUUUUCCCGGGAAAAGACAAAGUAACGAAGUAAACCCGAGUGUACAUCUCAUCAUGGAGAAGAUUACAGAGAGAAUACUGCUGGAGAAAGGCUCGCCUAAAACAAACAAGCUGGAGAAAAUUACCAGUCUAAAUCUCUCUCGUAUGGGGUUAAAGAAUCAAGAUCUCUCCGUGCCCUUGUUGAAUAAGCUCUCUGCGCUGGAGGAGUUAGAUCUUUCCGGGAACAUGCUGCAGAAGCUCCCAGCAGGACUGUCCCUUCCCCGCCUGAGGCUCCUAAACUUCUCCAACAACGACAUGGAGGAAGUGACCUCGCUGGUGGCCCUGACUGGCCUGGAGGAGUUGCGGCUGGAUGACAAUUUGUAUCUCACUGUCAGCGAUGAGCACAAAGUGCUUUUCCUCUUGCCCAAAUUGAAGAUCAUGAACGGGAAGGACAUCAGCGCGACGGCCAACCACAUCCGCUACGUGAACAGUGAGAUCCUUAGGAAGCGGGUGAUUGGUGUGUGGGAGAAGAACUUCAGUCUCCCUGAUCCACCAACUUCACAAAGCUUGAAUGAGCUUGAGAAGAAAUUUGUUAAUGCGGCAUGCUUUCAAGUCAAAUAUGGCCCCAGUUCAUUAAACGACUACACCAAAUGGAGGGUUGAAAUGAUUGCAAAAGAAUAUCUCCAAUCGCUGAUUGAGCCAGAAAAGGAGGAGGAAGACAUAACACCAGAGACUCCUGUAAAAGAAGCUGGGUCUCCUUCCAAGAGAAAAAUUCACGACCCCGAGGCAAACUGCGACGCCGAAACCCCCCGAAAGAGAAGGACGAUAAACCAAGCGGCCACGCCGGAGGCCAGUCCACGCAAAUCAAGCCGAUUAGCCAGCGCCGCUUCAGUCGAGGCGAGUCCGAGAAAAUCCUCUCGGCUCCAGGGGACCCCGCAGAAAUCUGAUCCGGGUGUCUCAAGCCCAAGGUGCGUGAAAAUGAACACUCCUGAGGCGGGUCAGAGGAAAUCCAGUCGCCCGCAAAACACCCCAAAAAAAGCAACAGUGGCACAGGUUGCCGUGACGCCCACCGCAAAGGGAGCGAAGAAAAAUCUCAAAGUUCAGCUUACGACUCCGCAAGCAUGCAGCUCCACCAAAACAGAAAAAGAAACAAUCUGCAAAGCGAGUAAAUACCAAGUUCCAAAGGAGCCGGUCAGUCUGCAGCCUCUUCACGUCCUGCAGUGUCACAGUAAACAUGACAGUCCGGAGGAUUUCAGCACCCAGUUGUGGGCCUGCGCCUUCGAGCCCGCUCACAACAACAAUGCAGGUGCCUGGGCACAGUCAGUGGCUACCUGUGGAGGGGAGACGGUGUGUGUGAUAGACUGCGAGUCUGGCCAUGUACUGAAGAAAUACAAGGUCCCUGGUGAGGAGUUCUUUACGCUGGCCUGGACCACGGUGUUGAUGGCGCGUGAGGGUGGCUGCGCUCGAUCCUGCAGCAUCCUCGCCGCAGGAGGAAAGAGGGGCAUGGUGAAACUCAUCCACCCCAGAGCCAACCUGGCAUACGGCGAGUUCCGCGCCAGCCGCCGAGCCAUAUCGAUGCUACGCUUCAGCCCGUGCCAUUCCAGCUUCCUGUUCACUGGCGCGUAUGAUAACAAGAUCAUCAUGUGGGAUAUCGGCGGGCUGGACCGAGACUACAACUUCAAAACCAGUCAGCUGCUAGUAAUGGAGACCUGCUCCACUCCACUGCACCUCUCCUUUCCACCCUGCUCCCCAGACACGCACCUUAUCUCAGGCUGUGACAACGGGCUUUACAGCUUCGACAUCCAGCUUAGCAAGAACACACAGAAGAGGGCGGAGGAGAUGGAGAUUGUAUUUCCUGUGUACAAGAAGAGUAAUAAGAGCAAUAACUACCGCACUAUCGAUGGACUCAGCUUCCUUACAGAAGACAUAAUAGCAUCUAAGAGCCACAUGCAGGGCUCUAUCUACUUAUGGAGCUGGAGUGGUACGAGGGCGUUGCGCCAGGGGAGGAAGAAGGAGGUGCCUGCUGUGAUCCUGGCUGAACUGCAGUGGUCCAACACAGACAUCCCGUACCUGUCUCUAAACACCUGCCCCGGCUUCGGCUACGUGGUGUGUGGAGAUGAGAAAGGCCGGCUGUGGACGUAUCACAUCACAGACCUUGCGAAGGCCAACUUCAAGAGUGGAAAAGCAGUUCCUGCAACAGAGGUGCUGGAGUGGCCGUCUCCGGUGCGAAGCGGAGUCGGCCCAGUCGAGGGGCCGUCCAUCAACAGCGUUGCCAUGGAUCCCGAGCUUCGUUAUUUGGUUGCUUUAAGUGACAAGAACAUGGUGGUGGUUUGGAAACGAGAAUCUGCGCCAUGAUCUGAUCCAGUUUUAUGUUCCUACCAUGUUUCAGGACGUGCUUCAGACUUUGUAACCCGCCAACGCAAGUGCUAAAGGAAAUAAUGAGCACUGAUGAGUCUUAACAAGAGACUAAUUACUACUGGAGCUUCACUAAUGUCACAUCAUGUUCAUGUGUCUGAGCUCCAGACAGAAAAGUGAUUUAUUCUAGACAGGAUUUGUUGGGGUGAUAUCAAUAGAUGAAGUGUUUUAAUUUUUAAUUGUGCUUUUUAUUUUUUUUAUUCCAAAUACGGUUUUGUUUUGGGAAAAAAAAAAUGUACAUAUGUAAUGACUGUAAAUUGUGUUUUCCUUCCAUAUGUUACACAUGUGUGUGUGUUAAUAUCUAUGUGAGACUGCACAACAUUUUUCACCUUAUAUUAUAUCACACACACUUACAAAUCUAUAUAGUACUGUAUAGUGAAAAUGUGAUGUAUGCGAUAUGAUUAUUCCGUAUAUAACAUGGUUUCAUAAUUCUAGUCAUGGGAACUCACUAAGCUGAACUUUCAACACAUCAGAUCCAGCUCACAACUCAUUAUUAAACAAUUCUUGACUUUCA